AUGUCACUUCUAGAUGAGCCCGAAACUCUGGACGACCAGAUGCGCGACAGGACGCGUAUAUUCGAAGAAUUCCUCGAUUCCGACUCGGACCUCUACAACUACAAGGAUGAAAUUGCCCGCAUGCUCCGCCAGGAUCAGCGCCGACUGAUUGUCAAUAUUGACGACCUUCGCGAUUACCGACGUGACUUUGCUGACGGGCUCUUGAAGCAGCCCGUGGACUACCUUCCAGCCUUCGACGACGCGCUCGCCAACUUCGUGAACCGCGUACACGACCAGGAGAAGUACGAUGUUUCAGGCAAGAGCUAUCGCGUCGGCUUCAGCGGGUCAUUCGGUGACCACCACGUCAGCCCUCGCACUCUCCGCGCCGCGCAGCUGGGUAAGAUGAUCUCGCUCGAAGGCAUUGUGACGCGUUGCUCGCUUGUCCGGCCCAAGAUGCUCAAGUCUGUGCACUACUGUCCUGAGACGCACCUUUUCCACGCCCGAGAAUAUCGCGACGCGACAACGACAACAUCCAAUCUCCCACCAACAUCUUCCGUGACACCGCAGCAAGAUGACGAAGGCCACCCUCUGGAGACGGAGUUUGGACAUUGUAUCUUCCGCGACCACCAGCGUAUCAGUAUUCAAGAGAUGCCGGAGCGCGCGCCCGCAGGGCAGCUGCCACGAAGUACGGACGUGAUUCUUGAUGAUGACCUUGUCGACAAGUGCAAGCCUGGUGACCGGAUUCAACUUGUUGGGGUGUAUCGUAGUGUAGGAGGUGGUGCUAGCGGCGCGUUCAAGACCUUAAUUCUGGCGAACAAUAUCAACCUCCUUUCGUCAAAAAUCGGCGGGGGUAUCGCCCAGACCGCACUCACAGACUCCGAUAUUCGUAUGAUCAACCAGAUGUCAAAGCGAUCCAAUAUCUACGAGCUGCUCUCGCAAUCGCUCGCGCCGUCCAUCUACGACAACGACCACAUCAAAUCCGCCGUCCUCCUACUUCUCCUAGGUGGUGGGGAGAAGAACCUCCCCAAUGGCACGCACAUCCGAGGCGACAUCAACCUGCUUAUGGUCGGCGACCCUUCGACUGCAAAGUCACAGAUCCUGAGGUUCGUGCUUAGCACAGCGCCUCUCGCGAUUGCGACAACUGGGCGCGGCAGCUCGGGCGUCGGUCUCACCGCCGCAGUCACGAUGGACAAGGACACCGGCGAGCGAAGGCUCGAGGCUGGUGCGAUGGUAUUAGCUGAUCGCGGUGUCGUGUGUAUAGACGAGUUCGAUAAGAUGUCGGACAUCGACAGGGUGGCGAUUCACGAAGUCAUGGAGCAGCAAACUGUCACCAUCGCCAAAGCGGGCAUCCACACCACCUUGAACGCGCGGUGCAGUGUGGUCGCCGCAGCGAACCCAAUAUACGGCCAGUACGAUGUGCACAAAGACCCUCACAAGAAUAUCGCGCUCCCGGACUCGCUCCUCUCGCGUUUCGACUUGCUCUUCGUCGUAACGGACGACGUCGACGAGGUACGCGAUCGCAUGAUAGCGGACCACGUCCUGCGUAUGCACCGGUACCUCCCGCCAGGCGUCGAGGAGGGCACGCCAGUCGCGGAUAGCCUCACUCAGAGCCUCGCGAUAGAGGGCCCCGGCGUCGUGUCUGAGAACGCAGACGAGGGUGAGCCGUCCCCGUUCGAGAAGUACGACCCGCUCCUGCAUAUCGGCGUCGGCGCCACGCUCUCCUCGACGCGCAGCAAGAAGCCGCGCAAGAAGGAGGUGCUCAGCAUCGCGUUCGUGAAGAAGUACAUACAGUAUGCAAAGAAUAAGCCCGCACCGGUGUUGACCAAGGGCGCUGCGGACCAUAUCGUGAACGUGUACGCGACUUUGCGGAACGAGGACCUUGAGGGCACUAAGAGGAGGACAUCCCCACUCACAGCACGUACACUCGAAACACUCAUCCGUCUGUCGACCGCCCAUGCAAAGGCACGGCUCUCGCCGAAGGUGCAGGAGCGCGACGCGAAGGCGGCAGAAGAGCUGCUGCGCUAUGCGCUCUUCCGAGAAGUCCUCAAGCGCCAGCGGAGGAAGAAGCGCAAGCUGAACGACGGCACUCCACGCGACGGAAGAGAGGACGAGGACGAAGACGAGAGCGACCACGAAAGCGACGACGAGGAUGGCGCAGCGGAUGCCAGGAUGGAGAUACCGGCGCAGGCGAAGGGUAAGGCUGUCCCUGAAAGGCCAAGCCGGGAGCCUUCGAUGCCUGUGGAUCAAGAUAUGCAAAUGGAUGAAGCCCCUGCUGGUCCUACGGAUGACCCUCGCAUUCACCCCGAGCGGCUGAAGCUCUUCCGCACACGUCUUGCUAACCUCUUCGCGACCAAGUUGCAAGACGAAGAGCAGAUGUUCCUGGCGGACCUGGUAGAGCUGAUCAACGAAGGUCUCUCCACGGACACGUUGUUCGGGACUGCCGAGGCUACUGUUGCGUGUCAGAUCAUGACAGAGGCCAACGAGCUUAUGCUCAGCGAAAGUAUCGUGUACAAAAUCUAA